AUGGGACAGAUUGCGAAUUUGUUAUCUGAGAUGACUCCCGGUACUCUUCCCUCUGACACUAAAAAGAACCCAAAGGAAACAAUCAAAGUUAUAUUUCUGAGAAGUGGCAAAGCAUUGACUGACUUAGAGGUGAAAGCUAGACCUGAGGUGGUACUCACUCAGAUGCAUGCUUAUGCCAAGUUCUUAAAGAAAAUCCCGUCUAGCAAGAGAAAAUUAGAGGAAACAACAGUGGUCAAGCUAAACACCCACUGUAGUGCCAUCUUGCAAAAUAAGAUUCCCCAAAAGUGUGGGGAUCCGGGAAGCUUCACCAUACCAUGCUCGUUGGGGAGUGAAAAAUUCGACAAGGCCCUCUGUGAUCCUGGUGCAUCUAUAAAUCUAAUGCCUCUGUAUGUAUUCAGGAAACUGGAAGGUGAGCUUGGAGUGAUCAAAUCAAUACCAGUGUCCCUACAACUGGCCGACCAAACCACCAUUCUACCUGAGGGAAUCAUUGAGGAUAUUUUAGUGCGGGUGGACAAGUUUGUGUUCCCCGUAGAUUUUAUUGUGGUGGAUAUGGAGGUGAACAAGGAGGUACCUCUAAUUGAAGGGAGGCCAUUCUUAUGUACAUGCAGAGCUAUCCUUGAUAUGUAUGAAUGGCAGCUUAUGCUCAGAGCGGGCAACGAAAAAGUGGUGUCUCAGAUGAAGAGGAUGAUGAUAUAA